AUGUCAAGUAAUUCAAGUUCACCUUGUUCGAAAAAGUCAAAAGCAAAGGGAAGACAACCCGAUCUUCGUGAAUUAUUGUUUAAAAGAAUGAAAUCCCAACAAACAUCUAACGAUGGCAAUGAAUCUUCCCCCUUACGUUCCCCUCUAAGUCCUCCUUUAAGUUCCCCUCCAAGUGAAGAUGUUAAUAUGGAAGUAGGUGGUUCAAGUGAUGAACCAUUGGAUGAUGAAUGGGUGUAUGAUGUUGAACUUCUUCCUCAUGACCCGGGAUUGAGAAAAAACAUAAUGGAUUAUCCCCCUAAUGAAAGAAAUCCGAGGGAUGUUGAAAUUAACAAGGGGGGUGAUGCAUUUGUUGUUGGAGGGUUUAGAGCGUGGAAUAAACCUGAGAGGCUUGAGAAGCAUGUUGGAGGAAUUAAAAGUGCUCAUAAUAUUGCUUAUGAGAAAUAUGUGAAUCUAAGAGAUGCAAAGAAGACAUCAAUUGAAUUUGUAUUUGAUAAUGCGAGUGAGGUUCAAAUGAAUGAAUAUCAUAUUCGUUUGAAUGCAUCCUUAACUUGUUUGAGAUUUCUUUUGGGCCAAAGUUUGGCAUUCCGAGGACAUGAUGAAAGUGAGGAGUCAUAUAGUAGAGGUAACUUUCUUGAGCUUUUGAAGUGGUUGGGGGAGAAGGUUGAGGAAAUAAAAAAAUAUACUUUCCAAAAUGCACCCAAAAAUUGUCAAUUAACAUCUCCCAAAAUUCAAAAAGACAUUAUCACUUGUUGUGCAAAAGAGACUACUAAGCGCAUAAUAGAAGAGGUUGGUGAUGGUUACUUUUCUAUUUUGGCCGAUGAAUCAACUGAUGUGUCUCAAAAAGAACAACUAGAUCUUGUUUUGCGGUUUGUUAAUAGAGAAAAUGGAUCGGUAGUGGAACGCUUUUUAGGAAUUCUACAUGUGGGUGAUACUACCGCUUUGUCUCUUAAAAAUGCCAUUAUGUCCUUGCUUAUGGAACAUUCAUUGAGUCCUUCCAUGAUAAGAGGUCAAGGGUAUGAUGAGGCAAGUAACAUGAGGGGUGAAAUCAAUGGCCUCAAGACUUUGAUUAUGAAUGAUACUCCAAGAGCCUAUUACAUUCAUUGUUUUGCUCAUCAACUUCAACUAACUCUAGUUGCGGUUGCUAAAAAGAAUGUUAAUUGUACUUGGCUUUUUGACGUACUUGCAAACUUGUUAAAUGUGGUGGGAGCUUCUUGUAAGAGAAGAGACCUUAUUCGAAAAAACCAAGCUCAAGUAGUGGCUCAAGCUUUGGAAGUGGGGGAAAUUGAAAGUGGAUCGGGUUUGAAUCAAGAACGUGGUUUGAGUAGGCCGGGAGAUACACGUUGGGGAUCUCAUUGCAAGUGUCUAAUAAGUAUCAUCAACUUGUUUCCUUCAAUUGUUAAAGUGCUUGAGGAGAUUGGAGAAAAUGGCUCUCCGGAUGAUAAGCUCAAAGCUCAAGUUGUUUUAGGAUCUUUGGAGUCCUUUGAUUUUAUUUUUAUGGCUCAUUUCAUGUUGACUAUUUUUGGCUACACUAAUGAAUUAUGUGUUGCUUUACAAAGAAAGGAACAAGAUAUUGUGAAUGCCAUUAGCCUUGUUAAAAGUACAACGAAUGUGUUGCAAAAGAUGAGGGAUCAAGGAUGGGAUAGUCUCUUAGACAAAGUCAUUUUAUUUUGUACUAAACACGAGAUUGAUGUUCCAUCUAUGGAUGCUCAAUAUGUACCUCAAGGAAGAUCAAGACGUUUUACUAAACAAGCAACAAAUCUACAUCAUUUUCGGGUUGCAAUCUUUUUGAAAGUAAUUGAUUUGCAUCUUCAAGAGAUUGAUAACCGUUUUAAUGAGAAGAACAUGGAGUUACUUACAUGCAUGGCUUCCCUAAGUCCUAGAGAGUUUUCAUGCUAUGAUUUAACGGCUCUUGAUCUUCAAUUUGAUGUCUUCUUGGAUUCUAUGCAAAAUGAUGAAAGAUUUCAUGAUUUGCAAGAUAUCAAUUCUCUUUCCAUGAUGCUUGUUAAAACAAGGAGACAUGAGACUUUUCCUCUUAUACAUUUGCUAAUCAAGUUGAUGUUGAUUCUUCCUGUUGCUACGGCAAGUGUAGAAAGAGUGUUUUUCCGCAAUGACGUUUGUCAAAAAUAA